CUUCUCCUCUUCCAUUCCUCCCUCCCUCCCUCCCUUCCACGUUCUUCCUCCUUCCCUUCCUUCUCGCGAAUCAAUUCAUCAUCUUCCGGGAGGCCCGUCCAUCCACCGGAGCCGGAGACCAUGGCGUCCGAGAAGCACUUCAAGUACCUCGUCCUCGGCGGCGGCGUCGCGGCGGGGUACGCGGCGCGGGAGUUCGCCAAGCACGGCCUGCAGCCAGGGGAGCUCGCCAUCAUCUCCAAGGAAUCCGUGGCUCCGUACGAGCGCCCAGCCCUCAGCAAAGGCUACCUCGCCCCCCAGAACGCGGCGAGGCUCCCGGGAUUCCACACCUGCGUCGGGAGCGGCGGGGAGAAGCUCUUGCCGGAAUGGUACGCGGACAAAGGCAUUGAGCUGAUCCUCAGCACUGAAAUCGUCAAGGCCGAUCUUGCCACCAAGACAUUGACCAGUGCAGAUGGAGCAACCUUCAUAUGCGAGAUCUUGCUCAUUGCCACCGGCUCCUCGACCAUAAAGCUCACUGACUUUGGCGUCCAAGGAGCAGAAUCGAACAACAUAUUGUACCUAAGGGACAUCGAGGAUGCCGACAAGUUGGUCGCAGCUAUGCAGGCAAAGAAGGACGGGAAGGCCGUCGUCGUCGGGGGUGGCUACAUAGGGCUUGAGCUCGGCGCGGCGCUCAAGACCAACAACUUUGAUGUCACUAUGGUGUACCCAGAACCGUGGUGCAUGCCCCGGCUCUUCACCGCCGGCAUUGCUCAUUUCUACGAGGGCUACUACGCGAGCAAAGGAAUCAACAUUGUGAAGGGUACCGUGGCCAGUGGAUUUGAUGCUGAUGCCAAUGGAGAUGUUAGUAAAGUGAACCUUAAGGAUGGGAGAGUACUCGACGCGGACAUCGUCAUCGUUGGCGUUGGCGGCAGGCCAUUGACAGGGCUCUUCAAAGGCCAAGUCGAGGAGGAGAAAGGUGGACUCAAGACGGACACAUUCUUCGAGACAAGCGUGGCCGGUGUGUACGCCAUCGGCGACGUGGCCACCUUCCCCAUGAAGCUCUACAACGAGCCGAGGAGAGUGGAGCACGUGGACCACGCCCGGAAGUCGGCGGAGCAGGCGGUGAAGGCGAUCAAGGCGAAGGAGACCGGCGAGACCGCGGCGGAGUACGACUACCUGCCCUACUUCUACUCCCGGUCAUUCGAGGUGGCGUGGCAGUUCUAUGGCGACAACGUUGGUGAGACGGUGCUGUUCGGCGACAACGACCCGGCGACGGAGAAGGCCAAGUUCGGCACUUACUGGGUCAAGGACGGCAAGGUCAUCGGCGUGUUCCUGGAGGGCGGCUCGGCCGAGGAGAACCAGGCCAUCGCCAAGGUCGCCAGGGCCCAGCCGCCGGCGGCCGACCUCGAGGCGCUCUCCAAGGAGGGGCUGGACUUCGCCUCCAAGAUCUGAACUGCGAAUUAGCUUUGUGUGUUUGAUCUGGUGUACUACUUUAUUAGGCUCGUGAGUCUUUCUAUAUGUAUAGUUCUUGCUAGAUCAUAUGAGUAUUUUGAUUUUCUGAAUCUGCCGUUGCGUGGAAGUAAUAACAACACCAUUGGUGUUGCCUGUGAUAUAAUGUUCAUAGUAACAUCUGAUCGUGCAUGUCGAAUCCUAUCCUUUA